AUAGAAGAAUUUUCAAACAAAAACGUCUGGAACAGAUGAUGGCAGUUGAGAAUAUUAUAAAAAUGAAUGACUACGAAAAGCAGUACAGAAUUAUUAAUAUGAUUUUUGAAAAGUUAUUUAAGGUAAAGACUAAAAUAUAAGACUGGUUCAUGUGUCGUGUUGCAAGCCUAGUUCUCAUUCAUCGCAAACCGUCGGCGAUGGGAGCUUUGCGACGUCGGCGACCGCCUGCGAUUUAUGAGAACGCAUCAAAAAUUAUAUCGCAGAUUGUCCGUGAUCGUCGCUGACCAUCGGCGAUGACAUCGCAGGAAACAAAAAAGUUUGUUUCUUGCGACUAUCGCCGAUCAUCACCGACUGCCACCUGCUUGAAAAAUCUAUGAGAAAUGAGUAAAAGUUGUUUUUUCCUCAACAAGCAAGGAAAUAAUCAACUGCAUAAAACAAAAUACGUACACCCGAGUAUAACCUCACAUUUGACUCUAUGAGUACCUCUCACUGGCUUAAUACGCAUUUGAUUGGUUAAACGGGUAGAUUAAAUGCAUCUGAUUGACACAGAGGUGGAAACUAAUUACAAUAUUGGCUACUAAGUAUUAUUAUCAAUAAAAAUCUAACAGACAGUACAAGAUGCGAAGAAUGAAAUUACAACAAGUGGUUAUAUUCCUGGUGAAGAAUUUCCAGCUGAACAGAAACAAAAAGAAGGUUGGUGUACUUUACUGAAGCUUGUCGUAGACUCGUAGUCCUGCGAGCAGGCUAACUUUGCCCGAAAUGACUAACUUUUACGGAAUUUUGAAAGUGUUUUAAUUAUUCAUAUUAAAUAAAGUAUAGUGCUUCAUAGAGAUUUCGAGCACUGAUAAAAACUGAUCAUCUCACAUGUGAGAUUGUUUAUGAUAAUUUGACAUGUGAAAAUUAUCGCUUUUCUGUAAAAAUUAUCGCUUUUCAAAGACUGUCCUUUAUAUAAUAAACAGAAAAAUACAUUCUUCGGCAUAACCAUUCAACUUGGAUGGUUAUGCCGUUGACGCUCGAAAUAAAUCUGGUAUUUCCGCGCACCCAUGUAUUGUUCUUUUUUAAAUACGAUAUCUGCGAAUAGAAGGAAUACAUUGGUAUUUGUUUUCUUCGACCAAAUGUGUACCACACUACGUACUAAUAUGCAUUUCAAAUCAUGCAUUUCUUGUUUGUUUCAAGUAUAAAUGCCUAUAUAAUGCCAUAUAAUAAACUUUUUAUUAACCUCGCUUGCUCGGUAUGUACAGAGAAAUAUCGGACUUCGGUCUUUUUUUACAAACCUCGCCCUACGGGCUCGGUCUGUACAAAAAAGACCUCGGUCCGAUAUUUCUUUGUACAGACCCAUCCUCGUUCCCAGGGCUUCUCGGCUGCCUGCGGUACAGACCUCGCGUUCGCUUGGUAAUAAAAAACCCCAAAGACGUCCUAUUUAUAAUUGCUCGAUUUGAUUUUAUUUUACAAGUUUGCCAUUGCAAUAGAUCUAUAGAGUACUAUGGUUACAAAUGACUGGAAUUUCCACACACAGAUAGUUCUCCAAUAACGGAGUUCUAAACUAACAACUUAUGGUAUAUCUAAUUAUUUUAAAAAUUUGGGCAAACAUAACAAUUAAACACAAAUACAAGAAGACAAAGCAAACGUAUUAACGUGGGUUAAUUCUACGUAAUAUUUCAUUAGAUUAAAUUUAAAUGUAGUUAGAGAUGUGGUGUUUCUUAUGAAGCAGAGAAGCGUUUUCCACACAUUAGCAGCUCUGCCUCUGAUGUAAAAGCUGUUUUGAAAAGAAACAGUUUUACUUUUGGUUACAUUCAGUAGGAUGUUGUUGGUUGAACUAGUAUUCCUUGUUUCUCGUGUAGGGAUCUUUAUAGAUAUGUUACUGUCAGAGUUAUUUAUAAGGCAUUUGUAAAGAUACACCAUAUCCAAAUACUCAUGCCAGUAACAUAGAGGGAGGAUUCUGAUGGUGGCCAAUCGUUUCUUAUACGAGAUAGAUGUUUUGUACGGGAGCGAAAGAAUACAUUUUCAUGCACGUCGCUGCAACCGUUCGAUCGUUAAGAUGUUGUUCACAUUAAUUUCUCUAAGAAUUCCCACAGGAGGUCACACAAUUUCAUAAAGUCGUAAACCAUGACACGCCCUUACUUCGUCAUUAUGGCAUGCAGAUCAUUUCCCUUUUGUUGGACUCUAUAGAAUAGACUCUAUAGAAUAGAUUCUAUAGAGUAUAGGAUAGAUUUUUUUCAAAUAGGCGUUGUACCUAUAUAUAUAUAUAUAUAGGCGUUUACAUAUAGGCGUUGGCCGCAGGUAUAUAAUUUCGCCGUAACAUUACAUUCUUAGGGCCGAGACAAACCAGACGCGAUUCAACGCGGCUCGAUUUUCACUGACCGAUAACUUUGAUCCUGGUUUUUCAAAUAUUUAGAAGCGCUAUAAGAUUUUGAGUUAUUUGGUUUAUAUCUUUUAAAAUUUCCUUUCAUUGGCUGUUUCAUUAAAUAAAUUCACUUUCAAAAACUGGAAAAUCGCACUUGCAUUGUUGAAUCGCAUCCGGUGUGUCGUCUCGGCCUUUACCUAUUAUGCUUUUCUUUCAGCCAUUGGACAUAUUGUCGAGAACACUGCACUUCUAGGUGAUGUUGUCUUGCGACUGCCAGAUAUUGCGCACAAGGUAUAAAAGAAUAUGAACUGGUGAACAAAAAGUUGUAGCACACUACAAUCCUGGACGAAACAUAUGCAACACUUCCAAUUAUAUUUUUAAAUUAACUCCCUCCUUACCGCUACUCCUAUCAUUCAAUGUUGAUUGCAUUCCCAGAAUACGAAUAAAGCAAUUGUAAUAUGUCCAACAUGGUUUGGGGUGGGUAGGGGGACCAGAUCCUGGGCGGGGGUCAAAAGAGAAGAGUGUCACAGAUGGUUUUGACUAGGAUUGUAGUUUAUGGCGACCUCCUCUACAGCAGAUCUCGUCAGAUCAAUUUACAAUGGAAUUAGGUUUGCCAAUAACCAUUAUCAAGUAUAUAUAUUAAAAUUAGACUUUCUCUGAUAGAUAUUUAGCAAAAAUAAAGAGUGGGAGCUACUAACUUUGUGGAGCUUAAGUUUUACAAAUAGUACAACUAUUUAUGAUGAAGUGGAUAGUAAGCUGUUAAACCUG